GGAUGUUAAGCAGAAUACUUAAGAAAUUAUGUGUUUUCCUGAUACUAAUCUUUGUGAGCUUUGUUUUCCUUGUUCCUGGUUCGUGAUUGGUCGAACAACAGCGGAUAUAGAACAUCUGUUUACUGUAGCUGGGAUGCUAGCUAACUAACCAGAUACGCAAUGUCUAGUUCUUCGGGAAACGCAGUCACAUUUUGUAUCGUUUUCUUCUAGAAGUAAAUGUAGGUCCGCCUUGGGUUAAGACAGCGUAAUUGUCUUUCCGUAGUAACGUUGAGGCCAAGAUGAUCGAGGUGGUGGCCUCCAUGGCCAGAGGCCCCGUGUUUCUCGCCGGGGAGCUCAUGGAGUGUCUCAUAACAUUCACCAACCCGAUUUCCCACCUCUCCACUUCUGCCACCAGUGAGAUGCUUGCAUGGGCCAGUGCCCAGAUCCACUGCCAGUUUCAUGCUAGUGAAAGCAGAGUGGCCCUGCCGGCCCAGGGCAACAAACAGGAUGUCCAGGCUGAGAGCAACACAGUGCUUAUUCCAAGCAGAGGAGAGCGAGGUCAGUGUGUGCUGGACACACCACCUAAGAUAUUAUUCUGUGACCUGCGCCUGGACCCUGGGGAGAGCAAAACCUAUUCAUACAGUGAGAUUGUACCCAUAGAUGGUCCUCCUAGUUUCCGUGGUCAGGCGGUGAAGUACGUCUACAAACUGACCAUUGGCUGCCAGAGAGUCAACUCUCCUAUCAAACUACUCCGAGUUCCCUUCAGAGUGCUGGUUCUGCAAGGCAUGCCGGAGCCUCUAUUUCCACAGGAUGAGGAGGUUUCCCCCUCCAAUCCGUUCCUAGAGGAAGAGGAAGCGAGCCGCAGGGAUGCUCGGCCCCUAGAGAGAGCACUAGACAUGCUGAUGGUCACCACUUCGAGACGCUGUCCCCACAUGUUUAAUAUCACCAAUAUGCGUGGGAAAGUGGCAAAGUUCUGCAUCUUCAAGACUGUUUACAGACUUGGGGAGGACAUUAUCGGCACAUUCAACUUCUCAGAGGGAGACAUUCCUUGCUUGCAGUAUUCAGUGAGCCUUCAGAAUGAGGAGGAGAUCCAGCAGCAGUACCAGCGGCGCCCCGGACAGGUCAUCAGUGUUACUGGACACGGGCGACACAUGGAGUCGUGCCUUCACACCGCCUCCAGCCACUUCUCUCUCCCCAUCCCCCUCAACGUCACGCCGGGUUUCAGCACAGACAUAGUGAUGCUGAGAUGGCGCCUUCACUUUGAAUUCGUCACUGCCCGGGAGCCUAUGGAACCGCCCACAGUUCUGCAGAACCAAUCUGAGGUCACAGUUUGGGCCGGGGCGGAGCAUGUUGACGUGGAUACCUUCAGCUGGGAUCUGCCCAUCAAAAUCCUGCCCACCAACCCUGCAUUGGCAUCUUACAUGUCCCACUUUUCAGGGGCCAACAGCAUUACUAUUUGAGAGUGUGUGUGUGUGUGUUUUACAGAGAGAAACAGUACUUUUAGCACAAAGGUGCACAUUAUAGGAACAAAGGAGCAUUAUUAUUUCGUUGCUUGCAUCGUAUAAGCGGAGCUAGGAAUUAGUUCCCUAUGUAUAUUAUGCAACCUAUAUUUUUCUUUUUCAUGUGCAUGUCACAGGGCAUCUUAACUUUAAAUACAUAUUUCUUUUUAGACUUCAUGAUGUGGAACUAUCUCUAUGGUUGCUGUGCAUUUCUGUAUUUAUUUAAUUUUUGAUUCCUUUGCUGUGUGUGUGUGCUUGUGUCUGUCAUCUUAUGAAGAAACUUUUUCAUAUUCAAAAUAUUUUUGAAGUUUAACUUGUUCUUUCUUCUUGAGCAAAGACUGUAUUGAGAUGUAAAUACUAGAAGAUAAAAACAUAAUAAAAGUGUCAUAUAAAUUUGAUA